GAUACCAGCUUUGGAAAGGCAGCAAAAGGAGGGAAUGGUGGGUUAUGAAUUGCACAGAUCAUUCAUCCAUACAUCCGAUUCUAUUAUAGACUGGAUUCUCGAGACUUUGAAUCACCUCUCUGUUGGGAACUCCUGGACUCAAUUGAAGAUGGUCCAUGCGUUUGUCCAGACAUGCUGCAGUACCGUUCUGGAGAACACGAGAUCUGGUUACGACCAUCACACGGGCGAGACGAGUGGUGGAUCCAUCAACAGAAUCCAACACGAGAUGAUGCAGUAACGAGAUGGUUGAAUCAAGUAAUUCCCGCAUUGUCACGUAACCAGACGAAGAGGCAUCCCGCCCUCAUUUCAUAUCAUGAGCCAAUCCGCAGCGAACGCGCUGAAAUCAUGGCACUUCAAAUAUUGGGCUUUCCUGACGGGCCUACCAUCGACCGGAACAAAGACUGAAUUGAAGAAGAUCCUCCUCGAGAGAGCCUCCGCUAGAUCCAAAUCUCGAAUAGCAAGUCAGAGGAUUGUCAGCGUCGACAUGGGCAUUCGCAAUCUGGCAUAUUGUGCCAUUGAGACCCCGGCUCGAAGCUCUACCAAAUAUGACGGCAAGCCCUUGUCUUUCAAAGUGGACACCUGGACGAGGAUGGAUCUGGCUGCACGCAUGUCCAUGCCUGCGCCAACAGAGCUUGAGGAGGAGGCGGCUUCCAGCGAGGUCGAUGACGAGGCGAAGCCCAAGCGACGUAAAGUCAAGGCAAAAUCGACCUUCGAAAGAAACGCAUUCUCGCCUGAGAGUCUUUCCACUACGGCUUAUAAAGUCACGCAAGAACUCUUGGCCCUUCGUCCUGACGCGAUUCUGAUCGAACGACAGCGCUUCCGUUCGGGUGGAGCCGCCGCGAUUCAGGAGUGGACGGUCCGCGUCAACAUGUUGGAGAGCAUGAUGUGGGCAUGUCUCGAGACGCUGCGUGAGACCAGGUCAGAGAGGAAAACCUCUUCCUCAUCUCCUAUGGUGCAUGCCGUCGAGCCCGCGCGAGUGGCGAGAUUCUGGGUCCCGAGCGAAGAUGUCCCACUACAGCCUCCUUCGGAUCUCUUCCUGCGCGCACAUGCAUAUAGUGACGGCACGGUAUUACGAAAGAAAGUGGAGAAGAAGGAUAAGAUCGCGGUGGUGAAGUCCUGGAUCACGGGAGAGUCCGAUGUCAAGAUUGACUUUCAGGGCCAGGCGGCGGAGAUGGCGGAGGCAUUUCGUACGGAAAAAGUGAGAGGAAGUGCGAGACAGAUUGCUGGAGGGAAACUUGAUGAUCUUGCCGAUUGCUUGUUGCAAGGCGUGGCUUGGGUGCGAUGGGAGGAGAACAGGAGGAGAAUUGAUCAUCUCUGGGGUGAAAUAGCCAAAGAGCACGCUGAUACAUGAACAUUACUGCGCUGACGGCCAUGUGAUCUACAUCGUGACAAUCAGAUGUCUUGCGCUCUCCAAUGCCUCUCGAACUCGUCCGGCGAUCGCUUAGCGAGCACGCGACACUCUCAGCAUGUUGGAUGGCAGUUCAAUGUAACACAUCCAUGGUUGUAUAGUUCGUAUACACAAUCCUUCC